AUGAUGAUGAUGAUGAUGAUGAUGAUGAUGAUGAUGAUGAUGAUGAUGAUGAUUCGGAUUGAUGAUGAUGAUGAUGAUGAUGAUGAUGAUGAUGAUGAUGAUGACGAUGAGGAUGAUGAUUCGGAUCCGAUGAUAAUGAUGAUGAUUCGGAUGAUGACGAUGAUAACGUUGAUGAUGACGAUGUUGACGAUGAUGAUGAUGAUGAUGAUGAUGAUUGAUGAUUCGGAUGAUGAUGAUUCGGAUGAUGAUGAUGAUGAUGAUGAUGAUGAUGAUGAUGAUGAUGUUUCGGAUGAUGAUGAUACGAUGAUGAUGAUGAUGAUGAUGAUGAUGAUGAUUCGGAUGAUGAUGAUUCGGAUGAUGAUUGAUGAUUCGGAUGAUGAUGAUUCGGAUGAUGAUGAUGAUGAUGAUGAUGAUGAUGAUGAUGAUGAUUCGGAUGAUGACGAUGAUUAUGAUGAUGAUGAUGAUGAUGUUGAUGAUGAUGUUUCAGGAUGA